AUGGCAACAUUAAUUGAUAAUAGAUAUGGUAAAGCAAGAGUUCGUGUAUUAAGAGUAUUUAAAGGACCAAAUGAAUAUCAUAAAGUAUUUGAUUUCGAUUGUCGUGUAUUAUUAAGGGGAGCCGAAUUCUCAGAGACCUAUUUAACCGGGGACAAUAGUAAAGUUGUAGCCACAGAUACCAUGAAGAAUACAGUCUAUGUGAUUGCACAAAAAGAAGAAUUCAAGAGUUUAGAAGAGUAUGGUAUUUUAUUGGGUAAACACUUUUUAGCCACCUAUUCAUGGGUAAACGGAGUUGAGGUUGUCAUGCGUGAGAAUCAAUGGCGUCGUAUUAAGACCUCCAAUGGCAAGGAACAAGCUCAUUCAUUCCAACGUGAUAGAGAGAUCCAUUCGGUUACAGUGACAUCAUCUCGUGACAAAUCACCAGUGGUUGUCUCUGGUAUUGACGAUCUUUUGAUUAUGAAAACCACUCAAAGCGGAUUCGAAGGUUUCCACCGUGACAAAUACACCUCAUUGAAAGAGACCAAAGAUAGAGUCUUUGCAACUGUAGUUACUGCAAAUUGGACUUACAAUACAUUGUCUGUAGAUUAUUCAAAAGUAUUUGAACAAUUCAAACUCUCUGUAUUCGAUAUCUUUGCUCAAACUUACUCUCGUUCCGUUCAAGAGACCCUCUUCCUCAUUGCCAAAGAUGUCAUCUCCAAAGUACCACAAGUUGAACAAGUCCACCUUUCCCUUCCAAAUAAACAUGCUUUUGGUUUCGAUUUCUCACGUUUAAAUAUUGAAAAUAAUCAAACUGUUUUCCAACCAGUUGAAGAACCAUCAGGUUUAAUCGAAGGUACAAUUAAAAGAUCACAUUCAAGAUUAUAA